AUGGGUAUCUCGGCUGAUAGAGCGGUCGAGGACCCCAACAGUUGUCAUACCGAUACCCCCCUCUUGGAAUCUGAGAGCACCGCUUUCCUUGAAGGGAGUUACGUUCCUGCUCAUGGCGCUGCUAUUGAUAGUUCCAUUACUGGACGUGACGCCGAGAUACCCGACGAGAUUGUGAUCUCCCCUGCUAGACUCGAUGCAAGUCAGAAUCAGCUAAGGCUAUCCGCUGCCUCCACUGCCACCAUGCCGGCCAGCGUACUGGAACUGAUCCUUAACACAAGGAUCGGUUCUGGCCGGUUUCAGAUCGAGAACGAGGAAGACGAGAAAACUAUUGAUACUAUGGCGAAGCUGAAAGCAGGCGAAGAAAGGACCGGAAUCAAGAUGGAUGAAGACAAGCAAAAGAAGCCGGUCAGCAUGACCAGGAGAACUGCAGAUGCCUUGAGGGUUUCUGGCAAAUCGGCGCUAACCAAAAUGGAAACAAAGCUCCUUGAGGAACUCCAAGGGACGAAUACUAAAACGUCACAGGUGAUACUUCAAGCUGAAGAGGAAGAGCAGGCUGCGGAGGAGAGCGGCCAGAUGGAGAUCAGUGUGGCUCAUCAGUUAGAAAGCGGUAGCGGUACUUUUACCGCAGAUGCUCAAGAACCCGGUGCCUUUGCCGUUGAUUCUUCGGCUCAUACAAGGGAACGGCAAGAAACCGGUACCCUCACGGCUUUUCAGGAUGACAGCAACUUGGACACGGUUCCGGCUCCACCGGCGUUGAUGGCGUUCAGUUCUGUCAUGAUCAAUGGUGAGCCCGUGACGAUUGCACACAGUGCCACCAUUGCUACUGCUGUGCAAAUAGAUCAUUCCGAAGUAGAGGAGGAGAUCAGAGAAAGGAUCUUACGGGAAGCAGUCGAGGCUGAUGUUGUGUCUCCUCAGGAGGAGGAAGAAGGAGGCAACAAGGAUGAAGAGGGAACGACACGAUGGAAGUGGCUGGUGGGUAUCUUGGGCGUGCUGUUGAUUGCCGUGAUUGUGGUGGCAGCAACGGUGCCCAUCAUGGCCAACCGUGCAGAGACCGAGGCGGUCGAAGAAGGUAGUGUGCGGCCCACAGGUUCAACACUAGAAGCAGUCCUCGAAAGAGGAUUUGUCCGAUGUGGUAUAUCAGGUGAUGUGCAAGGUUUUAGUCAACCCGAUCCGGUGACCGGAGAAAUGGAUGGAAUGAAUGUUGACCAUUGUCGAGCGAUCUCCGUGGCGGUCUUUGGCGCAACUACCAAUAUUGAGUUCGUCAACGUUGUGACUAAGGAUCGUUUCAUCAAGCUAGCUAACUGGGAUGUCGAUGUCUUGGCGAUAACAACAACUGUUACCAUGGAACGACAAGUUUUUGAGGCAUCGGCGCAAACUGGGUUUCAAUUCUCUGCGCCCUUUUUCUAUGCGGGCAUGAUGUUCGGCGGUGUACCUUCGUAUGUGGAGUGCGCUGACAACCUUGACAGUAUCCAUGGAGCUUGUCGCUCGUUGAAGGUGUGCGUCAUUACCGGGACGACUCAUGAGCUCCUUCUGCAAGAAUUGUUCCCCGGUGGAUUCGUCAUUCCUUCCGUAUUGGUGGACGAGAUGAUUGACAACUUCAUGUCUGGAGAGUGUCAUGUCAUGGCGUCCGAAGCACCCAACAUCCCAAGCACUCGCAUAUACGACGCAGGCUACGCGGGAGAGUACGUUCAUGGGCACAAACUUUUCUCUCGCGAGCCCUUAUCAAUUGCCACAAGACAGGGUGACGCUGAGUGGACAAAUCUAGUGAACAUGGUCGUCAAUACCUUUUACUUCGCAGAAGCACACAAUAUAACUCAAGCAAAUGCUCACGAGAUGGAAUCCAUCUUGGUUCGAGGUGAGGAAAGUGGGAGAACGAUCGAAAUGAUGCAAGCAAUUGUGUCCCAUCUGGGAAACUACGAGGAGCUGUAUCAACGUCAUCUCCAGCAUCUAAUGCCUCGCAAAGGACUGAAUCUUCUUUACGGCAAACACAACAAGGAUCUUCAAGCUUCGAAAGGGCUCUUGUUCUCCUAUCCAUUUGGAUCUGUGGACACUCGGGGAGAGGGGCCCAUCCCGGGCAAAGCUCUUGAUCGGAUUCUGGCGAGAGGCCACUUGAGGUGCGGUAUCCCCGUGCCUGGGAACGCGAAUUCUGGCUUGGAUGCAAUCCUCUGUCAAGCCAUUGCUGCUGCGAUAUUCGCGGGAGACACAGACGCUGUCGAAUUUGUGGAAAUUGAGGACACCGGUGUUUCUCGUCGGAAUGCUCUGGACGAUGGAUUACUGGACAUCGUCGCGGGAGUACGGGUUACCAUGCAAACGGACUAUCUUGGCUACACCUUCUCUCCUCCAUACUAUCACUUUCACUCCAAUGACACGACAGGCCAGGGCCUACAAGCUUUGGGGAUGAUGACAACAGACGACGACAAACAAUUUUCAGACUUUGUUUUCUGGGUUGUAAUGACCAUGAUCUUCGCGGACGAGAAUGCAAUUGGCCCUGCAAAUGUGACGGCAAUCCCAGUGGUCUUGCUAUGGGGAGAGGGGUUAAAGCAAAGCUUGCGCGACUGCGUCUACGCUCUGGGAACUUAUGGCGACGUUUACAAUCGAUCAUUGCAAGAAGCAGCCCCGCGAUCUGGAGCCAACUUGCUGAAUCAAGGGCCCCUGUUUGGUCCGCAGCAGUUCUCUGUUCCAUUUUCAUAG